CUUUGUAAUGCCUACUGGCAACUUAUGUCCAGUUAAAGAUGCACGGAUAUCUUUAAUUCUUCCGGACUACUACUUGUAAAAUGGUCAACUAUGGCGUCUCUCGCGCGUGCGAGACAUGCAAAAAGCGGCGUAAAAAGUGCGAUGAGGGUCGUCCAGCCUGCCUUCGCUGCGUAAAGUCUCGCAGGCGAUGUCCUGGCUAUAAAGACGACACCUCACUGUUGUUUCGACACUAUCAGCCUUCAAUUCCGCCACUGGAGCGUUGGCAUCCUAGUACUGACUUUAUACUCGAGUCAAGGGCGCUUGAUGUCUUUCUUGAUAAUUUAGUUGUGCGAUCCCGAGAUCGGAGUUAUUCGCGUGGUUUUCUCGAUGGCAUGCACUACCUUUUUGCUACGUCUGCUCCGACAUCAACUUUGAUCAGUGCCGCCAAGUUCGAAGGCAUUAUGGGCAGCUAUUAGUUAACUAUACUGCAACUUUGUCGCAGCAAACUGCGAGUUCAUCUGUAGAGCAUUUCUUCACUGCGGUACUGUUGGGUCUAUACGAGCUUGUAGCAAGCGACAAUGCUUCUCCUACCAAGCAUCUUGUUCAUGUUCAAGGGCUGGCUUCUAUCUUGGGGAAGGGCAUUACAUAUGCAUCAUCCGAAUCGAAAGUGAGCAUUUACUCGCCCGGCAUGCGUCUCGUCACAAAAGGCGUAAUGGUAAGUAUCUUAUGAGUCUCAUGGAUGGG